GUGUGUGUGUGGACCUGUGGGCCCUCAGAUGUUUGAAAGGGGUUGUUCAUGUAGGGCCUGGGGGCAGUGUCGCACCGCACACAGAGUUCAGAGACGGCGCUAAAUUCAAAACGAUUUAGUCUGAGCGUGUGACCCUGGGCUACGGCGCUUUUUGGCUUUUGAAGAGGAACUCUCACUCUUCCUCAAAGGUUAGCAGAGGGGAAAAAUAGAAGAGCGAGAAGUGUCGGGUUACCUUGGAAAUCUUUUUAAAUUACAGAGAGCAAAGUCUGGAGAACCCACGUGUUGUGCAGGAUGAACAAUGGCAGCAUUCUGCUGGAGCACGACUUCAAAGCACAACUCAGAAGUGAACAGAGCCCAGCUUUGUUGUCGGCCACAGGAAAUCCACAGAUGUUGCUCUAAUAUGAGACGCUUUUGGAAGCCUGUGCUAGCCUUCUAGUUGCCUCACUGUUCUCUCUCUCUCUCUCUCUCUCUCUCUCUCUCUAAAAGUCCCCCAAAGCAUUAUCAAUUAUUCUAGUUCUUCAGUGUAAGCAUUACGUUUUGUAAAGUGCCUUCAUUGAGUCGGGUCAUUGGCUGAACUUCACUGGUGGGAGGUUUUCAGCAAAAUAAUCCCUUCAAAGCAAAUGAUCUUAUCCAGAACACACGGACUCCUGUGUCAAUGACAGGUGGCUUUCCCUAAUGCAUAACAAGAUAAGGAUCUUUGCUGAAGUCAAACUAGACUUGGCCAAUGCACUGCUACUGCACCUAAGAGAAAGUGCCCUACACAUUGCAGAAUUUGCUGAAUCUUUUCAACUUGUUAUCUUUUCAACAAAAAAAGUGACUUGUACUGUUUGCCUUUGGAAUGUCAUGUCUCCAAAGGCGACUGAAAGGGGAUCAAGUAAACAGUCCUCAGAUCAAAGGCAUCAUUAAAGAUUUAGCUUUCCCAUUCGUGCUGCUACAGUUCGAGCAUUCGAGAGAAAAUCAUGUCCAUUUGCAUGGCACAAAUGCAUAAAUAGUCUAUCUGCGAUUUAGGACCUCUAAACGAGAAUAAAUUUGUGUUGCAGUCAUUUGAAGUUUCGUGUAGAAUAGCAUACCCUCUUAGGCAACUUCACAGUCAGGGAGUAUGUAGGCCUCAAUGACAGGUAACUCAAUGCAGUUGUUUUGUUCUACAGCCGUUUGUCAUUCCCCCUGUGAUGUGCUCUGUGAUGAAGUUGUUCACGGACACAGCCGACGGUUACACAGGCGAACAGGGCGUUACACCGUGAACUGGGGAUCCUAAUCUCAUACAGUGAAAGGGCACGCGCCGGGUUUCCGAAAGCUCCCGUCGCCUCCGGUGUCUUUGAUCAAGAAAAUCCAAUUAUUUGUGUACAUACAUUUCGCUCAUAGAGAUUAAUUCAUUAAUUGUCCCGCCUUUAUCUCCACCCCAUACCACCCCCUUUAUAAUCAGUCCUUUUAUCCAGAACAACAAACACUCCGUGGGAGCUUUGUGGAUUCAAAGGAGCUGCGCUCCCCUUACAAAAGAGCUGCUAUUCUCUGAUGAUUGGGCAGCGGCAAACUUCAAAGUAAUAAAUCUUAUUUCUUACUGGCUGGCGGCCCACCAAAGUCUUUAUGACAUUCUAAGAAGCGAUUCCACCCUCUCCAGUUGGUCCGGGGUAUCUUGUGAGUUAGAACAUUAGAACAGAGUCACUCUGUGAUCAUUGGACAGUUUGUUAUUUUUGGUUGAAGAAUAUAUAAACGGGUGUAUAUUUCAAGGAUUUUGUAACAGAAUAAAAACACAGGUGGCCAUGGGAGCAGUUGAUGUCAUGCGGAAUGAUACACUUCAAGCUUUUCUUCAGGAUCGGACGCCAAACUCCUCACCGGAAACCACCAGGCAUUCACCUCUUGCUCUUCUGGCUGCCACCUGUAACCGUAUUGGGCAUCAUCAGAGUUCCAGCCCCGGGGAGCCUCUCCAAGUCCAGUAUUCCUAUGACACGACUUUGAGUUCUCCGUCAAGACUCUUCCAUCCGUGGAGUAACGAUGGCGUUGCGCAGGGUGCUUUCACGAAUAAUUCCACUUUGGGACUUUCUCCAAAAGCCCCCCUCUCCACAAAUAUCCACUCGUCCUUUUCUGCACAUCACGAACUUCCUCUUCCUCUCACCCCACCAGCUGAUCCGGGAUAUCCGUAUGAUUUUCCACCGGUCAAGAUGCUGCCUUGUUCUGUGCAAUCACUGCAGGCGAGUUGCACGCCCACAUAUGUCCCGACUGUAACUUACACAGCUACGACAGCGUCCAUAGCAGCCUCGAUGUCAAGUUUUGUUCCAGGACAUGGACAUGGUCUGGUUCAUAGCCAGCAAUCCAGACAUCUACCGCAGGGCAUCAGGGAGGAUAUUCCAUGGUGGAGUUUACAGCAGGGGACCCACGUCAGUCAUUCCACGUCUCUCACCGCGCACCGGUUCCCAUUGCAGAGAGGUUUGGUUUUGGGACAUACAGAGUUUGCGCACUAUCAGACACAGAUUGCGGCUCUGUUCCAUUCGAAAUCGUCACUUAGUGGCGCGCGCAGAUGUCGUAGGUGCAGGUGUCCCAACUGCCAGAACUCCAGCCCUUCCACAGAAGAGCCCGGAAAGAAAAAGCAACACAUCUGCCACAUUCCGGGCUGUGGAAAGGUUUACGGCAAAACUUCGCAUCUCAAAGCGCACUUACGUUGGCACUCAGGUGAGCGGCCGUUCGUGUGCAACUGGCUGUUUUGCGGGAAGAGUUUCACGCGCUCCGACGAGUUGCAGAGACACCUGCGCACACACACGGGUGAGAAGCGCUUCGCCUGUCCGGACUGUUGCAAGCGCUUCAUGCGCAGCGACCACCUGGCCAAGCACGUGAAGACGCAUCAGGGCAAGAAGGGCAGAGUGCCACACCGAAUCUUCGGUCAAGUGAAAAGGGAGGACACAAGAAACUACUGAAUCAACUUUAUAGCCUACUAAAUGGAUUUAGUAUCCCGGGAAAAUAAGAUAUGACAAUUGUGCCAUUAACCUGGACGGAAAAAAAAGAAAUGCAACUUUUGGCUAUUUCUAACUUUUUACAAUUUUCACAGUGCGCUGUUGGGUAGCCUACAAAUCAAAAUCUAAUAGCCUACAACAAACAAUGGCUGCCUAACUGACACUUGACACACAUCAGUUUGUAAAUAGACAUAUUUGAAAGCUUUUGUUGAACAAAAGUCUAUGUAUCCUUUAGUUCUUUCUGGGGUGGUUAAUGCAUGUUGAAUACAAAUUAAGUUUUAUGAAAUGAAGUAGCCCGAAUACUCGAAACCGAAUGAAUUAAAAACAAUAAAGUCACAUUCGCACAACUGUAGUCAAACUGCACAUUUCUUCUCGUGACAGCCACAGGUCUAGGCUGAAUGUCAAAUGUUGAUUUAGGUAGGCCUUGCCUAUAGCUUACUUUGACUGCCAUGAUGAUUUGUUACUGUGCGUAUGUUGGUGUUAUUCAUGUUUUAUGAACAGAACGUAUCAAAUCUAGCUAGGACCAAUAGAAUCUAGAUAAAUAGCCUAGGCCUACUUUCCAAAGAAAAUGGUAACAGACUUAGGCUAAUAAUCUGAGUGUUGCCUAUCUUGCUGUCUAACAACACUGUCUAAAUAGACAAUAUUUUUAUUUCUUUAAACUCAAUUUGCAAAAC